AUGCAGUACCCUUCCAGGAAUUUUAUGUUGGAUUGUUUUUUCUUCUUUUUUAUAGAUACAAGUGAAUUUGUUCCUCAGUGUCCAAAUAUCCCUCAGGCUGAAAGAGUCGAUUGUUUUCCUGAUGCUGGCGCCUCAAAGAUACAGUGUGAAAAACGCGGAUGUUGUUGGGUCCCACUCAAUGAAAGAAGCAUCCCUUGGUGCUUCUUUCCAACCAACCAUGGAUAUAUUGUGGAGUCAAUGGAGAGGCAAGAUCCUUCUGUGUUGAAUGGUCGUCUGAAGAGAAUGACUUCUCCUUCUUUAUUUGGUGCGGACAUAGAGGAGUUGUCUUUUCAUGCACAGAUGCAGUCAAACAAUCGUCUCAGGAUUAAGAUCACUGAUGCUCACAAGAAAAGGUUUGAAGUCCCCCAUGAGCAUGUCAGCAUCAGCAAAGCGCAACAAUCCAGCCCCAUUGGCAACACGCUAGAGGUUGCACACAAGCCAUUUGGCCUUAUUGUGCGCCGGAAGGAGAACAAAAAAGUUCUGUUUGAUACUACCAUGGCUCCACUGGUGUUUGCAGACCAGUACCUGCAGCUGUCUGCUAAGCUUCCCUCACAUAAUAUUUAUGGGCUCGGUGAGCAUGUACACCAACGAUACAAGCAUGAUACAAACUGGAAGACCUGGCCCAUUUUCACAAGAGAUGCUUUCCCAGUUGGGGGAAUGCAUAACCUCUAUGGACACUACCCUUUUUUCCUCUGCCUGGAGGAUGAGAGUGGAAAGUCAUUUGGGGUCUUUGUCAUGAACAGCAAUGCAAUGGAUGUCGUACUGCAGCCUGCUCCAGCUGUUACCUACAGAAUCAUUGGAGGAGUCCUUGACUUUUACAUACUGUUUGGAGAUACUCCAGAACAAGUGGUGCAGGAGUUUGUUCAGCUCAUUGGCAUGCCUGUCAUCCCACCUUACUGGUCACUGGGUUUCCAGCUUUCUCGAUGGGACUAUGGCAGUCUAGACAUAGUCAAGAAAACAGUCGAGAGGAAUCGUGCCAUUGACCUGCCAUAUGAUAUUCAGUACACUGACAUUGACUACAUGGAGGAUAAAAAAGAUUUCACCUAUGAUACAGUCAAGUUCAAAGACCUGCCCACAUUUGCAGACUAUCUCCAUGAAAAAGGACAGCGAUACAUCCUCAUCCUGGAUCCAGCAGUAGGAACCAGUAAGAGGGUUAACAAUGCUCCAUAUGAAGCAUAUGACCGUGGGACUGAGAAGAAUGCUUGGAUCACUGAAUCAGAUGGGAAAACUCCUCUGUUAGGGGAGGUAUGGCCAGGUGAGACAGUAUUUCCAGAUUACACAAGUCAAAACUGUAUUGACUGGUGGACUGAUGAGUAUGACCGAUUCUACAAGGAGAUCAAGCAUGAUGCCCUCUGGAUUGACAUGAAUGAGGUGGCCAAUUUCAAGAAAGGAUCAGUAAAAGGCUGUGCUGAUAACAACCUCAACUACCCUCCUUACACUCCAAAAAUUGUGGAUGGGGUGAUGUACAGCAAGACUCUGUGCAUGGAUGCCAAGCAGGCCUGGGGAAAUCACUAUGAUGUCCACAGUCUGUAUGGCUACUCUAUGGUGCUGGCAACUGAAAAAGCUUUGCAGCAUGUGUUCGGUACGAACCGUACCCUGAUGCUCACCCGGUCGUCCUUCCCAGGUGUGGGCAAGUAUUCAGGUCACUGGCUGGGGGACAAUGGUGCCAACUGGAAUGACAUAAAAUGGGCGAUCCCUGGCAUGCUGGAGUUUGGGUUGUUUGGCGUUCCCUAUAUUGGAGCUGACAUCUGUGGAUUCUUUGGCGACUCCAGUGAGGAGUUAUGUAGUCGCUGGAUGCAGGUGGGAGCUUUCUAUCCUUUCUGCCGGAACCACAAUGCCCAGGGCUACAAGGAGCAGGACCCAGCUUCAUAUGGUGAAAACUCAACGGUGGCAGAGACCUCUAAACAUUACCUGAGGAUACGUUACACCCUGCUGCCUUACCUCUACACGCUGUUCUACAAAGCCCACACCACAGGAGAAACUGUCGUCCGACCUGUCAUGCACGAGUUUUAUUCUGACAGUGCCACCUGGGAUGUGGAUCGUCAAUUCCUUUGGGGGAAACACCUGCUCAUCACACCUGUACUGGACCCGGGAGUGACAAAGGUUUGGGCAUAUAUCCCAGAUGCAGUGUGGUAUGACUACGAGAUGAUGGUAAAAACUGAAUCCAGGAAACAACAUGUUGAGAUGGAUCUACCAGCUGACAAGCUUGGUUUACAUAUCAGAGGUGGUGCUGUUCUCCCCACACAGAACCCUGCUACCACAACCACAUACAGUCGGCGUAACCCUAUGGGUUUGAUUGUCGCUCUUGAUGACAACAACCAGGCAGCAGGGGAGCUAUUUUGGGAUGACGGAGAUUCUCGAGAUACUGUUGAAACUAGCAACUAUAUCCACUACAAAUUUACUGUGGCUAGUGGAAGCCUGAAAAUGCAAGUGAUCAACGCUGGCUACAAAGACCCAAAUAACCUGAUGUUUGAGAAUAUUACUAUUCUUGGGAUGCUAGGUGCUAUCAGUAAUGUCACUGUGACGGACAAAAAUGAUACCGUCACAAUAUCACCUGACAAGAUUCAGUAUGAUCCAAAUAAGAAGGUUAUUUUCCUGCGCGGCCUGUCCCUGAUGCUGGGGGAGACCUACACAGUACAGUGGAACUUGCACUGGCGCUUUGACUGCCAUCCAGAAGAGAAUGCAGAUGAGGCCAAAUGCAAGGCCAGAGGUUGCAUCUGGGAGCCAAGUGCAAGUGGUCCUUGGUGCAUCUACCCAGAGGACUAUGGAUACGCUGUGACAUCAGUCGAGGAAACCAGCUCAGGCAUAACACUUGAUAUCACUCGAAACAAAAAGUACAAGAGUAGCGGUCGACCAAAAUCAACAGAUAUUGACACACUCCGUGUUGAAGUCCGUUAUCACAGCAGUAACAUGCUUCAGUUUAAGAUCUGGGACCCGAAAACAAAGCGUUAUGAAGUUCCAGUCCCGCUGUCACUCCCUUCUGCUCCUGAAACAGAUGAGAACAAGAGACUUUAUAAGGUUUCCAUCAGAAAGAAUCUGUUUGGCAUCCAAGUCAUUAGAAAAAGUACAGGAACCACAAUCUGGGACUCUUCUCUGCCAGGUUUUACAUUCUCAGACUUGUUCAUCCAAGUGUCAACUCUACUGUCAUCAGAAUAUGUCUACGGCUUUGGAGAGACUGAGCAUCUCACCUACAAGCACGACCUGAACUAUCACACCUGGGGUAUGUUCACCAAAGACCAGCCUCCUGGUGACAAGAUGAAUUGCUACGGAGUACAUCCUUUCUAUAUGGGGCUCGAGAAUACUGGUGAUGCUCACGGUGUGCUACUGCUAAACAGCAAUGCCAUGGAUGUGACUUUUCAGCCUAUUCCAUCACUGACAUACCGGACUGUAGGAGGUAUCCUGGAUUUCUACAUGGUCUUGGGACCUACUCCUGAGAUGGUGGUGCAAGAGUAUACUCAACUGAUUGGACGACCUGUUCUACCUGCCUAUUGGUCUCUUGGCUUCCAGCUCUGUCGCUAUGGUUAUGCAAAUGACUCAGAGAUAGAGAAUCUAUACAGUGACAUGGUGGCAGCAGGUAUACCCUAUGAUGUGCAGUAUGCAGACAUUGACUACAUGGAACGCCAACUGGACUUUAGUCUCAACAAUGAUUUUCGCGGCCUGCCUGCCCUGGUUGACCGCAUGAGAUCAGAAGGGAUGAGGUUCAUCUUCAUUCUGGAUCCAGCCAUUUCAGGAAAUGAGACAGAAUCUUACCCUGCUUUUGACAGAGGUGAACAACAAGAUGUUUUCAUCAAAUGGCCAAAAGAGCUUAAAGAUGACAUCGUCUGGGGGAAGGUGUGGCCUGAUUACCCAAAUGUCAUAGUUAAUGAAUCUUUGGACUGGGACACACAAGUAGAGAUCUACAGGUCUUACGCAGCAUUUCCUGACUUCUUCCGCAACCAAACAGCAAAAUGGUGGCAUCAAGAAAUCAAAGACUUCUAUGACUACACCAUGAAGUUUGAUGGCCUCUGGAUUGACAUGAACGAACCUGCCAGUUUUGUCCAUGGCACAGUUGGUGGGAAGUGUCUCGGGAACCCCCUUUUGGAGAAGCCCCCUUAUAUGCCGCCCUUGGAGUCUAAAGAACGUGGACUAAAUCACAAGACUCUCUGCAUGAACAGCCAGCAGUUCCUCAGUGAUGGCACACCUGUUAAACACUACGAUGUGCACAGUCUAUAUGGCUGGUCUCACACCAAACCGACCUAUGAUGCCGUUUUGAAUGUGACUGGUAACAGAGGUAUUGUGGUGACCAGGUCUACUUACCCUUCCAGUGGUAAAUGGGCUGGACACUGGCUGGGGGACAACACUGCUGCCUGGGACCAGCUGUACAAAUCCAUCAUAGGCAUGAUGGAGUUCAGCCUGUUUGGCAUCCCUUAUACUGGAGCAGACAUUUGUGGGUUUUUUAACAAUGCUGAGUAUGAGAUGUGUCUUCGCUGGAUGCAGCUGGGUGCCUUUUAUCCAUAUUCACGCAACCAUAAUGGCAAGGGCAACAUGAGACAAGAUCCUGUUGCUUGGAAUUCCACCUUCUCUGAGGUUUCCCGGGAUGUCCUGAAGAUCCGCUACACUCUGCUGCCAUACCUCUACACACUGAUGUUUGAAGCUCAUGUCUAUGGAAGCACAGUCAUCAGACCACUUUUGCAUGAGUUUGUGAGUGAUCGAAAUACAUGGGACAUCUACAGACAGUUCCUCUGGGGACCUGCCCUACUCAUCACGCCUGCCCUUGACAAAGGAGUCACAAAUGUGAAUGGCUACAUCCCUUUUGCACGCUGGUUUGACUAUCACACAGGCAAAGAAAUUCAAGUGCGUGGACAAAUGUUCACUAUGCCAACGCCUCUGGACUAUAUCAACCUUCAUGUCAGAGGAGGAUAUAUCUUACCCUGGCAGAAACCAGAGAACAACACAUACUACAGCCGGCGUAAUCCCUUGGGACUGAUUGUUGCCCUGGGUGACAACGGAACUGCUCAAGGAUCGUUCUUCUGGGAUGAUGGAGAAGGAAUAGACACAUAUGAGAGUGGAAAAUACCUUCUGGCCAACUUGUCGGUGGAAGCGAGCACCCUCUCCUACACAUUGAUCAACAGUGGCCUGGCUCCUGCUGACCGUUUAACCCUGGGUUUGGUAAGGGUUUGGGGUGCAGGCAUCACUGGCAUCACAAAGGCAAAACUUACAGAUGCAAAAGGAACGACACAGGAUUUGGCCAUUGUACCCAAUCCUGAAACACAGGUUAGAAGUUUUUAG